UCCUCCUCUGCAGUCAUGAAAUAUUAGUGAUAGGAGGCAUAUGUGCACAGACUACUGGGUGUAAGUGCAGAGAUUUAGUGUAAUAAAUUACGGAAGCGUUUUUGGAGAAGGCGGCGUUCACAAAAACAAGUAAGCCUUUAGUUAAUAAGCCUUCAUCUUUUUGUAAGCCUUCAUCCUUUGAAGUAUUCUUAGAGUAUCAUGGCACAGUCGCAUCAGGACGAGAGCGAUGGGAUUUUCCUGGAAAACGAACUACCCUCGUCGAAGGAUGAAGCCGACUACUCGCUUUCGGUUGUGAAUUUGACGCGGGCGGCGGACAUUCCGCUGCGGUACUUCCUGCCGAAGAUAUUCUCGCCCAUGGAGGCGAGCAUGACCAGGAGUUGUCAGCGAGUGUCGGAGAAGUCCCCCAAGUAUAGAUUGUUGAACACAGACUGGGGGAAUAGGAUGUCGUCUGUCAAGGAAGGGCCCGGUAUCCUGGCGCUGGUAACCGUGGAGAAAAAGUCGCUGGAUGAACACAGCGUCGGCAAGGUGGAGAGCCACAUCAAAAAGUUGAUGAAGGCAACGUCUUGUCAGUUGCUCAGGUGGGAUGCCCAGCAUAUCCUGCUGUACUUUGAAGCCGGCAACGAUUACGACACGUUUGGCAGGUUGUUCCUGGAUGAGAAGUUGGAUAACUGUGAAGGAUUCCGCGUGAAUGCCAUUGAGCCGUCUAUACUGACCAACCCACCCCGCUGCUUUGUGGAGAUCGAGACCAUGCAAGGCACCCAGACCCGCGACACCCUGACGUCUUUCAUUGGGAACUUCUCCGGUGCCUUCAAGCAUGUCAACAUCCUGGAAAUCCAGAGGUUAUUCCCGGCCGGCAGCGCCGGCGACGCCAAACAAGGAGACAUUCCGCGCCUGGCCGUCACGCUCAUGUUCAGCGGCCGGGCCCAGUCGCGCGCCGUGGAAGUCAUCAAAGUGCUGUCCGCGGGGGACCAGUGGAAGCCCUACCAACUACCGGAGCCGGUCGCCAGGGAACUGGAGGACGAGAACACGACGUACUACCAGCACGCCGCGCUCAGCCUGCCCCUGUGGGGGGUCAAGACCGGCGCCACCUCGUCCGGCGUCCGGGUAACGCUGUUCGUCAAAGGCGGCACUGACUUUCAGCAGAUGGAGGCCUUUUACGGCAAAGUGACCGGGGUCUCCCCCUUGCAACAGAACGGCGGCGCGGCGGCCAAGUGGAGCACGUUUCCCUUGUCCAACCGGCUGGAAUUCACCCUUGCCUUCUACCAGGGCCUGAGCCCGCGUGCUAGCGAGAACCACCUCUUGUACUUUCAAACAAACGAGCAGGCCAUCGGAGCGGAGAAGCUCGCCGAAGACCACUGGCAGCUUAAAGAUCCGGAAAACAACACAGCCGUGCUCUUCACAACGAUGAAAUAAAACUAGUCUCUUCACAGUAGAUGUUUGUUUUUUUAUUUAGUGGUACUGUAGAACUAUUGAAAUAAUAUUACACCAGUUCUUGCUAUUCCAUGUUUUAUUUUGUGACUUUCAGUAAACCAUUUGUUUUUGGUUAUUACACAGUCAAAUCAUGAAGGAAUAAAAAUUCCUUCAUGGUCAAAUCUAUGUUCACAUACCCUAUUUAGUGUUUAUUAUUAUUCACAAUUGGAUGAGGUACUAAAACAGGUGUUUGCAUUUUGAAAUGGGUGCAUUUUGACAAGUAGGGCUGCGUCGAAUAUACCGAAUACUUGAAUAACGGAUAUCCGGAUAGUUUUACAUGUAUUUCCGAUUCCAAUAUUCACAAAACUGUGAGUGGUCUCGAGAAGAUGAAAACAAAUGUCACCGACAUUAUUUUAAUCGUUUAAGUUUGCAUCUUUUCAAUAUCUGCUAGUCAGCUACCUUGAAAAAUAUAUUGAUUCGUACACAAUGUUCUUACUUACAGUUAAA